UGCGCGCGAGCGGCGUCCCAAGGCGCGUCGACGCGCGCAGGGACGCACGCCCUGGAAUCGCGAAUUCUCGAGGUGCAAAAACCGUAAACAAAACUCGAACGGUCUCGGCAGAGUCCCCGAAAUCGCCGGCCCAAAGGUCCCGGAGUCAGUUCGAAGCCAAAUUUCGGGGUCGCGAGACGUCCGCGAGGAUAAUUCGUGCGAUAUAAGUCGGGAUGAUAGCGACCCGUGAAGGAUUCCAUUGAUAAACUUUCGCGCGUAAAGUGAAGAGAGGCUGGACCUCUAGUAAUUAUCGAGACCUCAGUGUUCUUCGUUCGUUAAUUAGUGCUAUCGAGAGAGACAUUGUUAAUUAGCCGAAGGAAACGAAAUUCGUGGUAUUUUUUUCAGUUUCUAGGGGAGUCGGGAAUCCGAAGUAGGAGGUUUCUUUUAGUUCGCCCGGUUAGCGGAAGAUGUCGCGCCGAACCCUGCCGUCGGUGACCGGUUUCGCCGGUAAUAGGCCGCCCUUCGUGACCGGCGGGGCAACAGCCACCAGCGAAUUCUCCCGCAGGCACCGACGUGUCUGGAGCAACGCCGCGACCUCGCAGGGGAGAAGUCACCGUUCGGUCGGAGAGCAGCUACCUGUCAGCGGUGUCAUGGAAGACGAGAAACUACUCGUGUAUCAGCAGACCGAUCUCUUCUUGCAGAGUUUUCCGAUUUUCGAGGAGAUCCGGAGACAGGGUAAACUCUGCGAUGCCACGCUCAAGGUGGACGAUCAGAGCUUCAGUGCACACAGAAUCGUGCUGGCUGCAACGAUUCCGUAUUUCCGUGCAAUGUUCCUGAAUAACAUGGUCGAGAGCAAGCAGAAGGAUAUCACACUGCAAGGAUUUGACGCUACGGCUCUGGAGACUUUGAUCAAUUUUGCAUACAGUGGUCGCAUCACGAUUACCGUUAGUAACGUCCAGAGCAUUAUGGUCGGAGCAUCUUUUCUACAACUACAUGGAGUAAGGGACGCCUGUGCCGGUUUCUUGAAAAGACAAUUUCAUCCACAAAAUGCAUUGGGCAUUCGGCAUUUUGCGGACACUCUGAGUUGCUCCCCACUAGUAGAAGAAGCAGACAAAUAUAUUCAGCAAUACUUUCAUGACGUUUCGAGAUCGGAAGAGUUUGUAAAUCUUUCCUUUAUGGAUCUGAAUGAACUUGUAACACGUGACGAAUUGCAUGUAAUUUCCGAAGAGCACGUAUUCGAAGCCAUCAUGAGAUGGGUGAGGCAUGAAAAAGAAGGAAGAAGAAAACAUUUACCAGAACUGUUAGCUUCGGUCAGGUUACCUCUCCUGACUCCUCAAUAUCUAAUUGACUACGUGGCAAAAGAGGAACUCAUAAGGAGUUCUCAUCAGUGCAGAGAUUUGUUAGAUGAAGCAAGAGACUAUCAUCUUAUGCCCGAGAGGCGACACUUAGUUCAGAAUUUUAGAAUCCGACCUAGAUGUUGUAAUUAUAUUACUGGUCAUAUUUUUGCCGUCGGGGGGAUCACAAAGUUUGGUGAUUCUUUAAGUACGGUCGAAGUAUACGACCCUUUCGUCGGCAGAUGGCAAAUGUCCGAAGCUAUGACAAUGCUUCGAAGUCGUGUUGGAGUGGCUGUUCACAGAAAUAAACUUUACGCAUUUGGUGGGUACAAUGGAACUGAAAGACUCUCAACUGUAGAAGUCUAUUGCCCAUCUUUGAAGUCUUGGAAAAUCAUAGCUUCAAUGCAUUGCAAACGAAGUGCCGUCGGAACUACCGCUCUUAACAAUUAUUUAUACGUUUGUGGGGGUUAUAAUGGUGCAACAUCUUUAAAUAGCGUUGAAAGCUAUUGUCCUGAGACGGACGAAUGGAAAUUGAUUGGCUCAAUGAAUAAGCAUCGCUCUGCAGGUGCAGUAGAUGCUUUCCAAGGAUAUGUUUAUGCCCUUGGUGGCCAUGAUGGACUUUCGAUAUUCGAUUCUGUUGAAAGGUACGAUCCAGAAACUGGUGUGUGGACAGUGGUUAAACCUAUGUUGACUCGAAGGUGCAGAUUAGGUGUUGCUUCAUUGUAUGGUAAAUUAUAUGCUUGCGGAGGCUACGAUGGUUCUACCUUUUUGCAAUCCGUAGAGAUGUACGACCCAGUUACCGACACGUGGAAGUACGUAGCUCCUAUGAAUGUGAUGAGAAGUAGAGCAGCAUUAGUUGCGAACAUGGGAAAGUUAUGGGCCAUUGGUGGUUACGAUGGUGUUUCGAACCUGUCGACAGUCGAAGUAUAUGAUCCGAAAACGAAUUCUUGGUCUUUUGCGGCACCUAUGUGUGCUCACGAAGGAGGCGUGGGUGUUGGCGUAAUUCCGAUAUGAUAAGCACUUAGUGUAUAUUUUUCAUCCAUUUCUUGAAUGCAAACUCGCGGGUAUACAUUCUCUUCAAAUAAUUGUGAUCAAAGUGACGUUUUCUUUUUUAUAUUAAAAUGUGGAGAUUUAGGGACAUUUUUGAAAUGUAAAUACCUUAAUAUAUGGUGAUAUAAAUGUAAAUUGUAUGUUAUCUUAAAUAGGUUUGUGCAUUUUAAUAUUUGACGGUGUGAUUCCGCUGAUAUUUUUAGAGUUUUUAAACACGACUGUUUCAGUGUACAGGCAAGUCCAUACUUCGCAGGUAUUUUUUUUUUAAUAAUACUGAUCUCCUUUUAUACUGAGUUGUUAAAUUGUAUUUUUUAAGUUCUCUUAAAAUAUCGUGAUAUAAGUGAAAUAAAAUGCGAUUCUUUUUAUACUC